AGCUAGUUUUUACGAAAAAUUUUGAGCGACAACAGUGUAAUUUCGGUCAAAAGUCAUCCCUCAAGAAACCGCGUGCAUGGGUCUUUCGUUUCAACAUGGCGAGCGGCAAGGGUAUCGCUGCAAUUCUUCGAACCCGGGGAAUUUGUACUAUCAGUGCUAGGAAAACUGGAAAGUUUCAAAAUCAAGUUUUAUUACAAUGUAAUGAUUGCCAACGACAGUUUGCUACCGUUACACCGGGUGUCGAUACCUGGAUCCGUAGUGCAAGUGAAAAAUUUUCAGGAAAAUUACUGACAAGACAUUUCCACAUAUCAUCGCGAUGGUCAGCUGCUCGUAAAGAUUACUAUGAGAUUCUGGGGGUCUCGAAGAACAGUGCAGCCAAGGACAUAAAGAAAGCCUACUAUCAAUUAGCUAAAAAGUAUCAUCCAGAUACUAAUAAGAAUGAUCCAAAUGCAAGUAAGAAAUUUCAAGAGGUAUCCGAGGCUUACGAGAUUCUCAGUGACGAGGCCAAGAGAAAGGAGUAUGAUACGUGGGGGACGACCUCCGAGCAGAUGGGGAUGGGGGCAAAUAGUGGAGGAUUCCCAGGUGGUGCAGAAGAAGCUUACAAACACAACUGGGAUUUCCGGGCUAGUGUCAAUCCAGAGGAAUUGUUUAGGAAGAUUUUUGGAGAGGAGGGAUUCAAGGCACACUUUAGCGAUCAGGAGGAUUUUGCUGAUUCUAGAUAUGGAUUUGGUACUGCUCAAGAGGUGAUCAUGAAUCUGACGUUUUCUCAAGCUGCAAGGGGUGUUAACAAGGAAAUUACUCUCAACGUUGUCGACACUUGUCCAAAAUGUGGGGGUUCGAGGUGUGAGCCGGGUACCAAGGCGCUGAGAUGUCACAUUUGCCAUGGCACUGGAAUGGAGACUAUUAGCACUGGACCAUUCGUCAUGAGAUCAACCUGUAGGGCUUGUCAUGGCACGAGGAUGUAUAUCAAGCAUCCAUGUCAAGAAUGCGACGGCAAAGGGCAAAAUGUCCAAAGAAAAAAAGUGAUAGUUCCGGUACCAGCUGGUGUUGAGGAUGGGCAAACGAUUCGUAUGGCCGUGGGCAACAAAGAGGUGUUUGUAACAUUCCGAGUGGAGAAAUCACGCUAUUUCAGGCGAGACGGAGCUGAUGUACAUACCGAUGCUGAGAUAUCGCUAUCACAAGCAGCAUUGGGUGGCGCAAUUAGAAUCCAAGGUGUCUAUGAGGACCAUACAAUUCAGAUAAAGUCAGGAACGUCGUCUCAUACGAAAGUGCGACUGAGUGGCAAAGGAAUGAAGAAAGUCAAUGGAAUGGGCUACGGGGACCACUACGUGUCUAUUAAGGUCUUGGUGCCCACUACAUUAUCCGAGAAACAGAAGGCCUUGCUGCUCGCUUAUGCUGAACUCGAGCGAGAUACACCAGGAUCUGUUCACGGAGUAACCAAUAAAACUGAUGGUACAAAACAAUGUUAUGAGGGACCCCUACACCUAUUGGAGCUGAUACGUUGUGCCUUGGGGGAAAUACCACGGAAAAUCAACCAUGAUCCAUCAUAUUCGCAUUCACAAGGUCCUGGGGACGUACCCCAGAUUAAAAGGACGAAUCCCUCUGAUGGGACGAAAAAAAUGGCCGCUAAAAGUGACCGGCAUCAAUUAAAAAUGGAUCAGAAGAUGUCAUGAUCCGUUCCGAGUAUGAGUAAUUUAUUGUUGUUAUUGAAGAAAAAUUGAAUUGUAUUUGUACGAUGGUUGCAACAAAAACCAUAGUCGUUUUCUUCGCACUAGCGUACUCUUCCUUCACUUGGAGAGCUAUUAAUCGUAUUGGUGCUGUUGAGUGGGUACAUUAAUAAUGGAAGUAGCAAAGUUCAACGAUUACAAAUGUCAGAAAUGUAAAAUAAAUCUUUCAUGCAUAUUAAA